GGUUAAUAUUGCUAAUGGCCUGACUUUGUGCAAAGAUGGCUGUGAAGCUAUUGUAGACACUGGAACCUCUCUCAUUACUGGGCCGACUGAGGAAAUUAAGAAGCUACAGAAAGCUAUUGGCGCCAAGCCAAUAAUUAAAGGACAGUACAUGCUUCCUUGUGAUAAGCUCUCUACCCUUCCCAAUGUGAAUCUUGUCCUAGGCGGCAACUCCUAUUCCCUGGGUCCAGAAAAUUAUGCCUUAAAGAUUACCGUUCAAGGGGAAACUCUUUGCCUGAGUGGGUUUUCAGCCUUGGAUGUCCCACCACCUGGUGGCCCUCUUUGGAUCCUCGGGGAUGUAUUCAUUGGCCCGUAUUACACCGUGUUUGACCGAGAUAAUGACUCAGUGGGCUUUGCCAAGUGUAGCGGAAAAGUGUAAAAGCGACUGAGCCCCACCUCCCGCAGUCUCUACAGAAGGCCACACACAAGCACCCCCGGAUAAGCUCACUGGAGUUCUGUAUCAUGACUUAUUGGUAUUCACAGCAAAAAUAUAGAAAAAAGGACACAUUUCAAAAUCUAAAUGUGAUUUUAAAAUUAUAUGGGGAAAAGACUACGGCUGACUUCUUAAUGAUCACUUGCCCUCUCCUGCAUAACAGGCUAUAGAGAAGUUGUAAUAAAAUCACUGUAUCUGAGGAGCAUCAGUCUACUAAAAAGGCUGCCCUUUUAGUAAGCAUCAGGGCUUACAAAUAUCUCUUUAAUUUAAACUAGUACGGUUUGCCAUUAUCUUCCUCUCCUUUUGUAAGACUUUCUGAAUACUUUUCCCCUUGAUUUUCUCUUGUUUAAAGAAAUGAAAAUGUUCCUUGAAUAAGUGUCAGAGGUUAUUCCAAGGAAGUACUAGAUUACAUUGGCCUUCGUUUGAUGGUCCCAAAUGUGGAAUGUUAAAAAUAAGGAAACGUUUUACCUGUGUUACUUGUAUCAUAAAGGUGUGGGAAAUAGCAGAAAGGUCCUGAUUUGCAAAUUUUACAUAGCAAGCUGUGUAGGGAGGGGGCAAUAGCAGACUGGACCCUACAGAGAAUCCUCAGGAAGUAAUAAUGUAAUAAUGGUAGGGAAUCCCCUUGUAUAGGAUGUGACUGGGUUCUCCAGCUAAUAUUUUGUACUUCGCUCUGGCAAAGCCCGUUCACAUGAUACAAUCUCAAAGUGUAGUUGUAAACGCCUUCCCCUUUAAAUUUGUUCUUCCCAUCUUCUUUCAAAGACCCAAAGAAACAACUUCCUGGUUUCCCCCCCCCCACCUAAAAGUAUUUCAAGCAAUGAUACUUGUGAGAGCUUCUGUAUCAAAGUAGUUUUAGAGAAACAUCAACAUUCUAAUAUGUUUUCCUUUAAUAAGACCUUGGGGUUUUUUUCUUUACUUAAAAGUCUUUCUUACCAUACACGCCCUCCCAGUUUUACUGCACAGAAGAAAAAUUCUUGUAGAUGACACUCUUAAAAUGUACUCUGCUUCGACAAAUUUGGUCGAGGAAGCCAAUCACCUUAAUGGCUCUACACAAGCAAACUCUUGCCCGCCUUAACAGAAGUUCCACAGCAUCUCUUUCCAGGAUCUGUCUCUGUUUGGGGCUCUGCUUUUGACUUGACAAACGAAACACAAGUGGUAGCCAUUCAGGGCAAGGGGAGGGGGGGAAAUAGGUGGGAUGUUAGUGUUAGAAAGCUAAAUUAUUUGUAAUUUGUUAAUAUGACUUUGAUGUAUAAGGAGACUUUUAGUACCUGUGAGAUGCAUUCAGCGGGUUCUGUUCUUCUUCUGGAUCCAGUUCCAAGUUUGCAAGGCAGCAUGAGCAACAGAAAGCACAAAUACCUGAGAGUACUGAUAGAACAAAAGACUGCUUGUAUUCUCUUGAACUAGCUGAGAAUCUGGCAUAUGGUGAGCCAUAUCAAGGGAAUCGAAGACCUUUCAGAAACUUGAGUAAACAUUUAUGGAUAUGCUACAUGUUCUAGACUUUUCUUCCCUACUGGGUUGAAUAUUUUGGAUGCUGAUAUAAGCAGUAAGGUGCCCUCCAAGAAAGCUAUGCAGAAGAUGUAAGGAGAAUUUUUGGUAGCAUCAUUGCAGCUUGCCAACAAGACUGGUAUUCAAACUAGGAUGCAUUAUAAAUAUGAGUAUCAUACAAACAUGGGCAUUUAUUAAGUGCCGUGUGCUCUGAAUUGCCCUUGGCAUAAUAAAUUGGCUUCUCUAAGCUCUGUGCUUAGUGCCUACUCUAUAGUGGACUUCAGUCCUGCAUUAGUAGCUCAAAGUUGUCUCAAGGAGCAUCUCCCCGCAAAAUAUCAAACGCAGAUAUUCAGUGGGGAGUAGGGGUUUUUUCUGGGAUUGAAUGCAACCUUUGUUUGGCAGACAGAUUUUUGGCUGUUAAUACUAGACAUAGUAGCCUCUUGAUUGCAACUGUUAAGACCAGUCUAGCAUCUCUCUGUAAGGUCUUUUAAGUAGGGGAAUCAGUUUGUUGGGAUGAUGUGAAUGAAGCCACUGGACCUGUAGCUUGCCACCAUUCACCUUUUGUUCUACUUGCUCUUUCUAAACAUGUCAAAUGCCAUUGUGACUCUUCAGUUAUAUAACAUGCUGUCUGAGCGACACUCUCAUUUCUCAUAGAAAAAUUAAAGUUUUUUUCUGCCCCAA